AUGGGGAUACAGAUAAAAAAGUUGCUGACAAAUAGAUUGCACUAUAGCGUAAGAUGUUUUACUCUAAUGGCGCCCGAGCCAUCAGAAGAACCUACUCGACCUCACACACCGGUCAUGGUAAACGAAGUCAUCAAAUAUUUAAAUCCUUCUGCUGGUGACACGUACGUGGAUAUGACAUUUGGCGCUGGUGGUCAUUCGACACGAAUUAUUGAGUCUGCACCGAACAUUAAAAUCUUCGCAUUAGAUAGAGACCCAGUUGCGCAUAAUUAUGCCAAGGCUAUGGCAGAAAAAUAUCCUGGACAAAUCGUACCCUUACUUGGACGGUUUUCCGAGUUGCCAUCAUUGCUAAAACAGCACAAAGUUUUGCCAAAUAGCAUCGACGGUUUUUUGUUUGACUUUGGCUGUUCUUCAAUGCAAUUCGAUGUUGCUGAGCGUGGGUUUUCUUUGUCAAAAAAUGGUCCCCUUGACAUGCGGAUGGAUGGAUUCAGAUGCCCGGAUGAGCCGACAGCUGCUGAUGUCUUAGAAAGAUGUACGGAAAUAGACUUAUCUCGGAUUAUAAAAUAUUAUGGGGAAGAAAAACAGUAUAGAAAAAUAUCCCGUGCUAUUAUUGAAGCUCGAUAUAUGUUCAAAAACUUGAAAACAACCUGGGAGCUUGCGCGUCUUGUAGAGUCGGUUCUUGACAGCGACUUUAGAACCGACAAACUUGGAAGAUACGCCCAUUCAGCGACAAAAGUAUUUCAAGCUUUGCGGAUAUUCGUUAAUAAUGAGUUAAAUGAAAUAAACUAUGGAAUAUUAGUUGCUGAGAAAUAUUUGAAAAAUAGUGGACGUCUUAUUACGAUAUCUUUUCAUUCACUCGAAGACACUGUUGUAAAACGUCAUCUUGCGGGGAACAUAACUGAAAAUGCUGCUAAUAGUUUGCCGUUACAAUUUCAAAAUUAUGGAAAAGUUUUCUCUCACGGUGAGGUCAUUUCGAUGACUGAAUCCCCCUGGCGAAUGCUUCAUAAACAUAUUUUGAUUCCUACUGAAGAAGAGAUUUAUGAAAAUCCUCGAUCAAGAUCCGCCAAGUUCCGGGCCAUAGCGAAGAUUAAAUAACUUUUCUAUAAACCGGCAUCGAAACUUUAAGUUUGAGUCUACAUUCAGUCAAAAUCAAAUUUGAGUUCAAUUUCAAAAUGCGAAAAACUUUCUGAUCUUCGGGGAGAUUGCUGACAAUGAAGCUUUAAGUUCCGAUUCAGGUAUUAAUGAAAAAUAGUGUGAAACUCAGAAAAAAAUACGAUUUCAGACUGUGGGUGAUGUCAAUCUAACUCUG